AUGGAGGUGCUCUUAGCGGGCAUCCCAGGGACGUGCGUCUUCCUGGAUGACGUCGUAGUCUCGGUUAAGACGCUGCAGGAGCAUAAUGUCGCACUGCGAGCGGUGUUGGCGCGUAUCCGUGAGGCCGGACUGCGGCUUAACAAGGACAAGUGCGUUUUCCGAGCUCACAGGGAGGUGUACCUGGGUCAUCAGAUCAGUGGUGAGGGUAUCAAACCGACAGAUGACAACGUGGAGGCGAUCACAGCGGCCCCGGAGCCGGAAAAUGUGUCCCAGCUGCGCUGCUGGCUGGGACUGGAGGUGCGUCCCCUCAUGGACCGCCUGUGCGACGAGCUGAAGGGUCUGAAGGAAGCCGUCAUAACUCUGACGGAACAGCAGUCGCCGCCGGCGGCCGGCCCGCACACCCGGCCCCAGAGUUCCGCGGAGCUGCGGGACGCGGUGCUGGCCGACGUUCGCGACAUGCUGAACGAGGAGCUGCGGCAGCUGCGCCGAGAGCUGCAGGAGCUGAGCGAGGUGCGUCCCCUCAUGGACCGCCUGUGCAACGAGCUGAAGGGUCUGAAGGAAGCCGUCAUAACUCUGACGGAACAGCAGUCGCCGCCGGCGGCCGGCCCGCACACCCGGCCCCAGAGUUCCGCGGAGCUGCGGGACGCGGUGCUGGCCGACGUUCGCGACAUGCUGAACGAGGAGCUGCGGCAGCUGCGCCGAGAGCUGCAGGAGCUGAGCCUGGAGGUGGACCAGAUGAGGAACCAGAAGCAGCUGGAGGUGCAGGCGUCACUACAGCUGCAGCAGCUCCCCAUACCGCAAGAGCUGUUUUCCUGCGGUGGCAAGGCCCCCGCCACGACGGCUUCCACCAUCUUCGGGUCGGGGUUUAGUAAGACGACGCCCUCUACCGGGACGGUCUCCAGCACGAACGGCGGUAUCAAGCUCGACCAGGCACCAUCGGCCUGGACUGGCGUUACCACGACCGGCGCCUCUGCUGCCGCCUCCACUGGCUUCAGCUUUGGACCGACCACAGCGCCACCUGCUCAGCCGAGCACGCCGAGCUUCUCGUUCCGUCCGCCGACCGCCGAGGGCGCCACCAGCACACCGGCCAAGGCAAGGGGCGAGAACACCACGGGGGAGGGGCCUGUCAGCUCGACCUCUGGCUCUGGCGCCGCGGUCUCCAGUACCACCACCUCCAGCGUCGUGACCUCUGCCCCCGCCGCCGGCGCCGGAGCGGCCACUCCCAACAGCUCCUUCCAUUUCAAGGCUGCCCCGUUUUGGUUUGCGUUCGGCGGCGACCAGGGUAAGGUCGUCGAGGCGACUCCCAAGGCCACGUUCGAGUUCGGCGUGUCGUCCGCAGCCUCGUCGCCGUUCAAAUUCUCAUUCGGCAGCGACGCCGACAAGUCUGGAUCCUCGAUCUUCAGAGGAGCGGCGGCAGCGGACACAAAGACCACGUCAAUAUUUGGAGGUUCAUCGGGUAACAAGACAACUUCGAUCUCCGGAGGAGCGUCGUCAACUGAAACCAAACCUGCGUCUAUUUUCGGAGGAACGACCUCUUCCGAAACCAAAACCACGUCCAUCUUUGGUACCCCAUCGGUGUUCGGAGAAAAGGGAACUGACAAAGCCGUAUCUCUCUUCGGUGGGGCGACCACCGGCGACAAGACAUCCAAAGAAGACCAGAUAUUCGGCGGCUCCGGGAUUGACUCCAAGCCCGCCUCUCUGUUCGGCGGCUUUGGUGUGGCCUCUGGUGCCCAGUCGUCUCCGUUCGGCUCCAGCUCCUCAGUGUUCGGUGGAUGGCCGUCGUUCGGUAGCGCCGCGUCUAAGCCGGCCUCCAGCGAGAGCGGCGCCGCGGCCAAGCCACCUACUCCGGCCAACUCGUCCGCCCCCAAGGCGCCUGAGCCGGCCAGCUCCGGCUCGGCCCCUCAAUCUACAGAAACCAGCAUCAACGACACAGCACAGAGAGGGCUCCAGUGGCCGGCGGCCAGUGACGUCUCGAUGCCGACAUCGAGCCAAUCACCUGCGGCCAGUGUAGUCACGGUCCAGAAGGAGGAACUCUCGACUGUGAAGCAGUUCACAUUUCCACCGGGUCAUAGCGAGAAGCAGGUGAUAAUGGUUUUGGAGUCCCUCCGAACCUUGGAGGAGCUCACAGUCUCCAUUCCUCCUGACUCGACGGGACGGUGGCUGCAGCUGCUGCCGCCGUCCUUGAGGCGCCUGGACGUUUACGGACCGGGGGAGACGGGGAAGCCGGCGAAACUGGCGAAGAGCAGACGGUCCGACCAUGGGCUGGAGGUCGUCAUACAACAGGCGGGAGAUGACGUCAUCAACCAGCUAGCCAAGGAGCUGGGACCACGGGUUACCGCGCUGGUCAUGUUCAGUGAGUGGUGGUGA